AUGCAUAAGGAGAAGGAGGACCUACACACGCACAGGCGGGACCAUACACACUACGAGCAUAUCAUGCCUGAUGGGGAAAUGUUUCUGCAGGCACUCAACGGCUUCUUGAUGAUUCUCACGUGUGAAGGAGAAGUAUUCUUCGCGACACACAGCAUCGAGAGCUACUUAGGCUUCCAUCAGUCAGAUAUAGUCCAUCAAUCAGUGUACGAGCUCGUACAUUCAGAAGAUCGGGAGGAACUUCAGAGGCAGUUGUUAUGGAACUCCUUCUUACCUCCAGAUGUCAAUAACUUAACACUACAAGAUGUGCUGAGAUCUGAAAGGGCGCAUCUCCUAGAAAGAAGUUUUACAGUUCGAUUUAGAUGUUUAUUAGAUAAUACUUCGGGGUUUUUGAGGUUAGAUAUCAGAGGUAGAAUAAAAGUGCUACAUGGGCAGAAUAAGAAAACAGAAGAUCCACCACUCGCGCUCUUCGCAAUAUGCGCGCCAUUCGGCCCUCCAAGCCUCUUAGAGAUACCACAGAAGGAAGUCAUGUUCAAAAGCAAACACAAACUUGAUCUGUCUUUAGUUUCAAUGGACCAAAGGGGUAAAAUGCUGCUAGGCUACACGGACGCAGAACUAGCUAACAUGGGUGGUUACGACCUAGUGCAUUACGACGACCUGGCGUACGUCGCAAGCGCCCACCAAGAAUUAUUAAAAACUGGGGCAUCAGGGAUGAUCGCGUAUCGCUUCCAAACAAAGGACGGGCAGUGGCAGUGGCUUCAAACCUCAUCGAGACUCGUGUAUAAAAACUCAAAGCCCGACUUUGUAAUCAGCACUCACAGACCUCUCAUGGAAGAAGAGGGGCGAGAUCUCCUCGGAAAACGCACCAUGGAUUUCAAAGUCAGCUACCUUGACACUGGCCUGACCAGUCUGUACUUCUCCGAAACGGAACAACUGUCUUGCGACUCCAAUGCCGCUCCUCCUCGAGCCGCUCGUCGGUACAAGACUCAGCUACGAGAUUUCCUAUCCACAUGUCGGAAUAAACGACGUGUACCCCCCACCCCUGCUCCUCCCCCAGUCGACUAUAUACCAGCUGAUGCUGUAGCAGCAGCGUACACUAAUCUCAAUGGAGCGUACACUGCGCCCUACGGGGAAUACCCUCCAACCCCUGCGUUACAUUACGCCCCUCCCUUAGACGAUCGAUUCCUAACGACCGAUAAUCUCUUCCAAUACAAGCCCUUAUCCUACCACUAUACUUACCCCCCAAAUGGUUUCCUCGAACCCGCUCCACCGGGAUACGAAGUACCCCCUUAUCAUAGACCUCCAUCCCGGGAAUAUACGUAUGUGGACAGUAGAUACAUGAGUCCGGUAGCAGAGAGGAGGUCUCCAAGUGUGGUUGGGCCUAGUCCAGCUGGGUCGAGUGGGUCGGCUGAACAGGAUAGGAUGCAGGCAGAGAUGCCGCGGCAGACGGUCCUUAUGUGGGGCGCGGGAGGGACAGCGCAGGAGGUCCCCGUGGAGUACUCUCCCCCACAGGUUUGGAGAUACCCCUCCCACUACCACACUGCUGAAGCGACUCAA